UGUGGCUUUCCCUUCUCUUUCCAAAGUAAAAUUAGCCCUUUGUUUUUGUAUCACACACAUGGCUUGUUGCCAAAUCUCUCUCUCUCUCUCCCCUAUAUAAAUCUCCCCUCUCCUCUCCUCUACCUCUAAACCCAAAAGCCCCACCCUUUCACACUACACUUGGAACUUUACCCAUAUGGCUUCUUCUCUUCUUCUUUCUCUCUUCCUCCUCCACCUCUACUUUGGCUCCACUGCCGCCGACUACGGCGGCUGGCAGAGCGGCCAUGCCACCUUCUACGGCGGUGGCGAUGCAUCUGGCACUAUGGGUGGAGCUUGUGGGUACGGAAACUUGUAUAGCCAAGGGUACGGGACGAACACGGUGGCGCUGAGCACGGCGCUGUUCAACAACGGCCUGAGCUGCGGCGCCUGCUACGAGAUGACAUGCACCAACGACCCCAAGUGGUGCCUCCCCGGCACCAUCACCGUCACCGCCACCAACUUCUGCCCCCCCAACUUCGCCCUCCCCAACAACAACGGCGGCUGGUGCAACCCCCCGCUCCAGCACUUCGACAUGGCUGAGCCUGCCUUCCUCCAGAUCGCCCAGUACCGCGCCGGAAUCGUCCCCGUCUCCUUCCGAAGGGUGCCCUGCAUGAAGAAAGGGGGAGUACGGUUCACAAUCAACGGCCACUCGUACUUCAACCUAGUCUUGAUAACGAACGUCGGCGGCGCGGGGGACGUGCACGCGGUGUCGAUAAAGGGGUCACGCACCGGGUGGCAAGCGAUGUCGCGAAACUGGGGCCAGAACUGGCAGAGCAACAACUACUUGAACGGGCAGGCGCUGUCCUUUCAAGUCACCCUCAGCGACGGCCGCACACUCACAGCCUACAACGCCGCACCCUCCAACUGGCAGUUUGGCCAGACCUUUGAGGCCGCCCAGUUCUAGAAUCACCCCAAAACCAUACACAAAAAACAUCCAAAAUUUGGUGCUUUUUUUCUUUUCUUUUUCUCUCUCUUUUUUGGUUUGAGUGUGCGUGGGGUUGUUUAGCAGAGGUUUUGGAGGAGGGUCCGAGCGGCGGCGGUAGAGAUAGGGGCGGAGGAGGGAGGAGGAGGGGGUAUUUUACGAUAAUUGAAUGGCCAUAAUGGCUACCUCUGUUAUGCUGUGGUGUUAUAAUCUGGCACCCGCUAGGCUUUGACAUUUAUAUAUAUUUAUAUUUAUCAAUAUAUAUAUGAUAUAUAUUAAUAUAAAUGUUGUUGUUACUAUGGUUUGUAUUAAGAGUAAAAUAGAAGUAGAAAAAAAAAAGGUAA